CUGCGCGCCAAGACCCGACGCCGCAACAAUUUUCCUCCACCCGAUUAUCGAUAAGCCCCCCCGUCGGAUCUUCCAAGACCCACCCACCACCAACUUUCAAGAGUUGCGUCCUUCCAUGCUUCAAGAUUUCAACGAGGCCCUUCUCCAAUCCGUAAAGGUUGAUUCCACGACACAAUGAUCACCCAAUCUGCGCGGCGGCCGCUGAGCAGCUGGAAGGCCGUCCUGCGACGUACCCGCCAGCAGCGGAAACAGCAGAUGCCGCAGCUAUUCCGCACAAUGGCUACCGAAGCCACUCCCACGGCCUCUGCUUCUACACCACCACCUCCCCCUUCUCUGGCCGCCGUGAAACCCACGCUCUGUACGUCCCUCCGUCCUUCUCCCCACUCCGACUAUCAACCAAAGCACAACCAAUCCAACCAACCAACCAACCAACCAACUAACCAACCAACUAACCAACCUCUCCCUCCUCUAGACCUCCGAAAAUCCAACCUCCCCCACAAACCCAUCCGCACCGCCUUCGCAGUCUACCCCCGCGUGCCCUCAGCCCGCAAGACGCACCCCGCCCCCCUAGACUCGUACCACGCGCAACAAAUCCGCCGCCUCGACCACACCGGCGCGCGCCGCGCCCUCUUCUCCAAGGCGAACCCGGACGCCGCGAAACCAGGCGACGUGCUGCAGGUAACGACGCGGCGCGGCGGCGGCGAGCCCUUCGCGGGCGUGUGCCUGUCGAUCCGGCGCGCGGGCGUCGACACCGCCAUCCUGCUGCGCAACCACCUGGCCAAGGUGCCCGUCGAGCUCUGGUUCAAGGUCUUCUCCCCCAACAUCACCGGCAUCGAGAUCGUCUGGCGCCGCCCCAAGCGCGCCCGCCGCGCCCGCCUCACAUACAUGCGCAAGCCCAAGCACGACAUGGGCAACGUCGACCAUCUGGUCGCCGCCUGGCGCCGCACGAGGAACGUCUUUACGACGAAGGGGAAGGCCAAGGGGAAGAGUGCUAGUGCGCCGGGCGCGAAGCGGUAGGAUAUAUAGGUAGGGAGGGAGGGAG